AUGAAGCUGCUCUCCACCCUUGCCGGUGUGGCAGCUUGCGGCUCAUCACUCGCUUCUGCCCUGAGCCCCCCAGUCAUUGAUACUCACUACGGUUCUAUUCAUGGCGGUCUCUCUCCUUUCCGUGGAGGCAACAAAGCGUUCGUGUAUAAAGGAAUCCCGUAUGCUCAGCCACCUACCGGCGACAACCGCUGGACCAAAGUAGCUGGCCCAAGCUACUGGGGGAAGCUGAAUGCCACUGAGUUCGCCCCGCAAUGUGCCCAAACAAUCGGUGAUGCUGGUAUCUUCUCCAGUGGUAAGAACACAACCAGCGAAGAUUGUCUAUAUCUUAAUAUCUGGACUCCGGCAUACGAGAAUCAGAACAAUAUGACCUCCAAAAAGCUGCCUGUACUUUUCUGGAUCUACGGUGGCCGUUUUACGGGGGGCUCAGGUGAUGUCAAGACCUACGAUGGCACGGGUUUUGCGCAGAAAGACAUCAUCGUGGUUACUAUCAACUAUCGUCUUGGACCCUUUGGAUACCUAGCGCACCCUGAGUUGACAGCUGAAUCAGGCACCAACAGCUCGGGCAACUAUGGUAUCUUGGAUCAACAGGCAGCUCUACACUGGGUUAACGAGAACAUUGCCAAGUUUGGUGGUGACCCUGAUCAGAUUACGGUUGGUGGGCAAUCCGCAGGCUCGGCUAGUGCCCUCGACGCGAUGUGGAGCCCUCUGGCUUCAGGUCUUGCAGCAGGAAUCAUUGCGGAGAGCGGUGCACGCGGACCUCAUGAUCCGAUGACUGGUACAGUGGCUACUUCGUACCGGACCAAGAAGGCAGCCGAAGCUCAAGGAGUCAGAUUCUUGAAAACGAUGGGAGUGAAAUCCAUCGCUGAGCUCAGGAAUGCUUCUAUGGAAAGCCUUCUUGAAUACGAUGGAAUUUCCGACACCAUAUGGGAGGGUACCCCCUUCCAGAACUUCACCGCUGCAUUUAUGGAACCGCCUAUGUGGCGUCCCAACAUUGAUGGCUAUGUCUUCCCAGACACCUACUCCGAGGCUUUGCGUAAUAACUCUCAUGCCGAUAUUCCCAUCUUGACCGGAAACAACGCGGAUGAGUCCGGUGCUACCCCAACUCUCACCUACUCCGCCUCGACAUACCAUGAUCUCUUCAGCAAUCUGUUCGGUGGUCUUUCAGAUGAGUUCUUUUCCCUUUAUCCAGGUAAAAAUACAUCGCAGGCCUCUCAGAGCGGAAAGGAGUUCUGGAGAGAUCUGUCUCGAGUCGGAACAUGGCGCUGGGGUCUUGACUGGGCUGCUGGUGGUGCCUCCUCAUCUGUCUACACUUACUAUUUCAACCACUGGCCGGCCGAAGAUAAAUCAGGGGGUGCCUACCACGGAAGUGAACUUUGGUAUACCUUCAACAACUUACCCUAUAGCUCAUACUCGAAUGUGACAUGGGAGCAGGAAGAUUAUGCUAUUGAGACGAAGAUGGCAAACUACUGGGCCAAUUUUAUUCGCAAUGGUAACCCUAACGGCAACGGUCAGCCUCAAUGGAAGGCCUCCAAGAAGGAUCAAGAGACUAUGUGGCUAGGAGACCAGUGGGCGAUGGGCCCCCUUACCGCGAACCACAAGCGUAUCGCGUUUCUUCACAAGUGGGUUUCUACCUUGCCUGCGUGGUAA